CAUCCUACCGCAUAACAGCCAAGGCCUUAAUCGCCCCAGUUUAAUUCUGUGGAUUCAAGUUUUGAGCUCAGGCUCGAGACAGACGCAACCGCCCUCCCGUCAGUCUUUUUCGUCAAGCUACGACCAGGCGUCGGCUGCCCCUUUAACGACGGCCGGUCCUCUACUUUGCGUCGCAUCGCCGUUCGAAGCUGUUCUGACUCUAGAGCCCGGCGGUGCUGCUGUUGCUCUCUCUGCGUCGCCCCGCCCACCGUUGGCGCAUCUUUGGACCUCCACUGCCCAACCUCGACGCCGCUGAGGGCCUGUCUGUUUCCCAAAAGCCGCUACAAUGGCUGCACUCGGUGACGACUUGCUGUCGACCGUCAACAAGCUGCAAGAUCUCGUCUUCAACACCAUUGGCAAUGACUCCCUAGACCUCCCGCAGAUUGUCGUUGUAGGGUCCCAGUCCGCCGGCAAGUCUUCAGUGCUCGAGAACAUCGUCGGUCGAGAUUUUCUCCCUCGUGGCAGCGGUAUCGUUACCCGGCGGCCCCUCAUUCUGCAGCUCAUCAACGUCCCCGACGACGAGGACGGGGACGACGUGAACCUGGGCUACAGAAACCCUACCCAGGCUGCCCGGAAUGAGUGGGCCGAGUUCCAUCACAUCCCCAACCGACGGUUCAACGACUUCGGCGAUGUGAAGCGGGAGAUCGAGAACGAGACAGCAAGAGUCGCGGGGAACAACAAGGGCAUCAAUCGCCAGCCCAUCAACCUGAAGAUCUUCUCUCCCCACGUUUUGAAUCUUACCCUGGUCGACCUGCCCGGAUUGACAAAGGUGCCCAUUGGGGACCAGCCGACGGACAUUGAAAAGCAGACACGGAACCUAAUAUCCGAGUAUAUCGCCAAGCCCAACAGUAUCAUUCUGGCCGUGUCCCCAGCAAAUGUCGACAUCGUCAACUCGGAGGCGCUGAAGCUUGCCCGGCAUGUCGAUCCCCUGGGACGUCGGACAAUCGGUGUGCUCACGAAGGUCGAUCUAAUGGAUCAUGGCACCAAUGCGCUCGACAUUUUGUCAGGCCGCGUUUACCCGUUGAAGCUGGGUUGGAUCGGAGUGGUGAACCGGUCACAGCAGGACAUCACGGGGAACAAGCCCAUGGAGGAGGCUCUGAAGUCUGAGGCCGAGUUUUUCAGGCACCAUCCUGCCUACCGCAACAUCGCAACCCGCUGCGGCACGCACUACUUAGCCAAGACCCUCAACACCACUUUGAUGGCCCACAUCCGGGAUCGUCUUCCCGAUAUCAAGGCGCGGUUAAACACCCUCAUGGGACAGACCCAACAGGAGCUUGCCAGCUACGGAGAUAUGCAUUUCAGCGGGAAAGAGCACCGCGGCUCCCUCAUUCUGCAGCUUAUGACGCGGUUCGCGACAUCUUUCAUCUCCUCGAUUGACGGCACCUCCACCGAGAUCUCAACCAAGGAGCUGUGCGGUGGCGCUCGAAUUUACUACAUCUUCAACUCGGUCUUCGGGAGCUCCUUAGAAUCUAUUGACCCUACUUCGAAUCUAUCCGCUCUCGACAUUCGGACGGCGAUCCGCAACUCUACUGGCCCGCGUCCGAGUCUGUUCGUGCCUGAGAUGGCUUUCGACCUGCUCGUCAAGCCCCAGAUCAAGCUUCUCGAGAUCCCAAGCCAACGCUGCGUCGAGCUUGUCUACGAGGAGCUCAUCAAAAUUUGCCAUACGUGCGGCUCCACGGAGCUUUCCCGGUUCCCUAGGUUGCAAGCGAAGCUCAUCGAGGUUGUCUCGGACCUUCUCCGAGAACGGCUUGGCCCCGCGUCGGCAUACGUCGAGUCGCUGAUAUCCAUUCAGCGAGCCUAUAUCAAUACCAACCAUCCCAAUUUCCUUGGUGCUGCCGCUGCCAUGAGCCACGUUGUCAGCAAUAAGCAGGAGAGGGAAAGGAAGCGGCUCAUUCAGGAGGAGCGGGAGCGGCGUGAGCGGAGACGGAUGAAGGAACUCGGAGCGAACGGCACCGACACACCGGUGGAGGAAGAGGAAGAAAAUGCCGCGACAGAGAAGACAGAGACCGUCGUAGUGCGGAAAGCACCCGCUGGGAAGGGCUCGCGAAGCCUCUCGCCGGCUGUGCGUGACUCGACAUCAGGCGGUCUCGCCGCCGCCCUCAACGGAGCUCGGUCGGCGUCCCCCGCACGGUUCAAUAACCCGUCCUUGGGCCACGCCAAGGACUCGUUCCUGAACUACUUCUUCGGCAAGGAUGGCGCCAUGGUACCAGGGACGGCCCCGGCGAACGCCAACAUCGGUCGUCAUGUCAGCCAAUCCAUCGAGCCGACAUUCAGCCAGAGCAUAAGGCGGCCGGAAGAGAAGCCUCUGCGGUCGCCGGCCCAGCCUCUGCGGGCUGACGAGACUCUUGAUUUCUCUCAGGGCUCCAAGGGAGGGGAUUUGCUCAGCAGUGGCGAACCUGCAAUGACCGACCGCGAGGCUAUGGAGACGGAACUGAUCCGGGCUUUGAUCAGCUCGUACUUCAACAUCGUGCGGGAGACCAUCGCAGAUCAAGUUCCAAAGGCCAUCAUGCAUCUCCUGGUCAACCAUUGCAAGGACGUCGUCCAGAAUCGGCUCGUUAGCGAGCUGUACAAGGAAUCGCUCUUCGAGGAACUUCUGUACGAGGACGACGCCGUUAAGAAGGAGCGCGAGAAGUGCGAGAAGCUUCUUCAGACGUAUCGCGAGGCGGCUAAGAUCAUCGGCGAGGUCGUAUAGGCACCUCAGGCACGGUCGAUGCAACUUUCCGCUGAUGUGCUGGGCAUCGCUGCUCCAUGACGCUAAUGUACUGUAGAUGGCUAGCCUGCAAUAUUGGGCGAGAUGGACGGCAGUGGUAGCAAUGUACAUACAUUGACGAUGUUUUGACGUGAUGACAUCCAUGGCCCCGGAGAUCAUACCUUGUAUAGCAAAGGAAGCAAAGGUACCUCUCCUUUUGGCUUUUCCGUUUCUUUUGGUAUGUCCUGUAUGUAGAGAGCAUCUGGACUUGAUGCACACUUAUUGGUCAAAGCAGACCGCCCCUCACAGCUACGAUGUUCAUAAGCAUUCUAUAUAAACAUUUCUCGGUCA